GAAAUUCCAUUUAAAGUAAUGUCGUAACAGAUAUUGUCAGAGCACUGUACUUUUGAAAAUAAUAAUAGAUAAUUUGAAGUAGUUAUCUUUAAUAGAAAAAUAUAUGUCGCAAUAAUGUUAUUGUUGCAACACGUAGCUGGAUACGGAAGGAUUUUGAGCACAUGUGGGAAAAUAACCCUCCUCUCAACACGUCAGUAAAUAUUUGCUUUUUAUGCAAGAAGUUAAUCUUCCGUGCAGCUUGUAAUUAUAUCGUGCAACAAAGCGAUGUAAACGCUUUCGCUAGUUGAAAAGAGUAUCUAGUACAGAAAAUGGUCGUAAUUGACGUGUCAAGGGUGUUUCCCGGAAAUACACCGCAGAUUAUUGCAACAGUAACGGGAACUCUGACUGCGUUAUCCGAUGGAAUGCAAUAUGGAUGGUCUGCACCUAUUAUACCUGUAUUGCAAUCACCUUCGUCUCCGGUACAAAUAACAGAUUCUGACAUAGUGUGGAUAGAAAACAUAUACUUAUUGGGAGGGUUGGUUGGAAUACCUCUCACAAUGUACAUCUUAGACAAAUUUGGAAGGAAAAACACAAUGCUAAUUGCGUCGAUGGAAUAUUUAGUUGCGUGGUUGUUGGUGGCAUUCGCCUCAUCGGUUGAAGUAAUAUUCGUAGCACGCUUUAUAACUGGAUUAGCGUCAGAUACUAACUUUGUAGCAACUCCGGUGUAUAUAGCCGAAAUAUCCCAGAAAAAAAUUAGGGGAAGAUUAGGAUCUCUCAUAUACAUCAUGAUGCUGAUGGGCGUGGUGCUGAUCUACGCAAUCGGACCAUUCGUAUCGAUCGCAGCGUCAUCCAGCGUCGGAGCAGGCAUUAUAGUUCUUCAAUUGUUAACGUUCUCAUUUAUGCCGGAAAGCCCUUACUACCUCUUGGUGAAGAAUAGAAAGGAAGAAGCCAGGCGAGCUUUACGAAUACUACGGUCUUCUAAAGACGUGGAGGAUGAGCUAAACGAAAUCGCCGAGGUGGUAGAACAGGAAAAUGAAGUACGUGGCCGACCUUUAGAAUUGUUUACCGUCAAAAGUAAUCGAAAGGCCAUUACGAUAAUGACAGUGUUGGCAUUUGCGCAACACUACAGCGGUAUUAGCGUAAUGUUGAUGAAUAUUCACAUGAUUUUGGAAGAUGCCGCAACGAUUAUCCCUGCAAGCACUGCGGCUAUUAUAUUUUCCGUCCUGAUGCUGCUCGCUUGCACCUUUUCUGCGCUUCUUAUUGACAAAGUGGGUAGAAGGCUACUUUUAUUCGUAUCGAGCUUCCUCACUGCGGUGUCUCUACUGGCGCUCGCCACUUACUUUGCUGUUAAAGACAAUGACGUCGACGUUAAAGAUUAUAAUUGGGUGCCAGUAGUCGCAGUGAUGGCUUUUGCGGUUACCUUCAAAUGUGGCUUAGGAUUAAUUCCUAUUGUAAUGACAGCCGAACUGUUUCCCACCAAUAUUAAAGCGCUAGGUUGCACAGUAUCAGACGCAAUGUAUGUAUCCGCAGGCGCUUCGUCAAUUUAUCUGUUCCACUUUUUGCAAAGAAAUUAUGGUAUGCAUGUACCGUUCUUCCUUUUUGGAUGCUCCUGCUUACUUGUUGGAAUUUUCGCGAUAGUUGUGAUACCGGAAACGAAAGGAAAAACUUUGGACGAAAUUCAAAGGUUACUCAAAGGGGAACCAUUGUCGACAAGCUGUGCGAAUGGAAUUCAUACGAAUAUAUACGAGAAGGUGCCGCUACUGAGUUCAUGUGACGAUGUUGUUGAAAAGUCAUAUCGUGCCACUAAGAUAGAAGAAGAUCGACCGGUUUCCCCUCAAUUGUCCAACUAAGGUUUUAUUAUCCCGUAUAGACGUUUUGAAAUACUAUUUCAUAGUGAUGUUAUUUAUCUUUAAGUAAAUUAUGGACAUAAAACAGCAAUGUGAUGUUCUAAAAAAUAAAAAAGUGAAUUUUAAGAGAUUAAAUUGUUUACAUUACAA